AUGCGACCGUUAACGGCCCAAGAAGCCCAUCGUCGCGUAGGGUGGUAUUUGGCGACUGAGUUCCUGGCGGAGGCUGUUGGGGCUGAGGAGUAUUCUAUCCCCCAUGUGCAAGGCCGUGAUACGGCGGGCGUUGAUUGUUGCAUUAAUGCGUGGAGGCGAGCCUAUGGCUCUGGUGUCAGCGAAGCCUUUCCUUUUACCACAUUCCUCCACACUCGGUAUCCCAACGAUGUCACGGCAGAUUAUCUGCGCGGCCGAAACGCCGUUUUUCUUGUUGAUUCGGUGGUAAAUAGCAGUGGUAGCGUGGCACAAUUCGUCCGGUAUGUUCUCAGCUUGGGCAGCGCAAUUAAUAUUGUGAUAGUUGCUGGCGUUGUCCACGGCUCCAACAAGAUCCAGCUCGCCGCUGUCCGUCGCCUCGGGAGAAUUGGCAUCGUCGCCUCACGCCGUCCUACCGUCAAGAGCGUCUGCACCACCGCCAGCCUGUAG